GCGGCAGGGGAGGAGCGCGGACCCUCAGAGCAGAGGGCGAACGUCCCUUGGGAGACACCCGGGCCUGAUAGCGGAGACAUUCAGUCAACAGGAAAAUAUGAAUGAUUCUAGGCAGCAAUCACUGUUCUUCAUCACACCUCCAGAUUUACACAAACUCUGUGCUGUCAGGAUAAUAUUGAGUAAUGAGGUGGCAGAUACUGAGAUUAGAAGUAUACAGAUGAAGAUGUGCAGGCAAUUGCUGUAUUUGCACCAAGAUAUUCUUACAUCACCUGUGCCUGGAAUAUUAAGCCAAAUUUGGGUAGUGAUGGCGAUACCAUUUUAUAAAGCUGGAAAACUUAAUGCCUAUAUUGAAAAAUAUGGAGCUAAGGUAGCGGCUCCACAAAGAGUAAUUCCUGUAAUUCUUCAAAACUGCCUAUCAUAUUCACUCACAGCUAAACUUGCUCCAGCCUGGAAUAAAACUGGCCAUCUCUUGGUGCAAGGGAGAGAAUUUCUUUCUCAGAUGGGAAAGCAAAGUGCUGUUGUAUUAGACAUCAGCGUAACCGAAACUCAAGUUUGUCUAAGUAUAGAAGCUUACACAAUCAGACUGCCAUUACCUGAGCUAAGAGAAUUUGGUAUUUCUCAGAGUAUUAUAAAGGAUUUUGAUACCGACAAGAAUGCUGUCAUUGAAGGACAUUCAAUUUUAAGCAACUGGUGCUACGUUUUGCCAAGUAUGAAAAGGGGACAAAUAAUAAGUAUUCUUCACACCACACCCCCUGACUGUCCUUUUCACUCAUAUGAAGAUUUCCAGAUGCACUGGAAUGACCUGUAUGGCUAUAAACUUCCAGAAGAUUGUGGAAAUACUAAAAUAUACUGCAGCAUCUACUUUAAAAUGAUAAGAGGAAAGAUCUUCACAUAUCCUCUCAGCUGCAUCAGAAGUCAGCCCAUACAGUUCUUUCCAAGGGUAGAUUUGGAAGGUGUGUUGAAAAGUUUCAUUUCAGACUUAAAAUCUAAACUGCCUCAUAUCUGUGGCUUUCCCAUAAAGAUGACAACUAAACCAUGCUACUACACACAAGAACUGAUGAAACCUCAUGUACAGGAAAACAAAGUCAAGGCACCUAAUCUGACCACUAAACAAAUGUUCAAGUUCCCUCUGACUCAGGCGUCUUUCACACGACCUGCUCUGGCUGAGCGUCUUCUACCGUGUUCAGUAGUCAUGGACCACAAGGUGGAGCAUUCAGGCAGCCAUCUGAAGAAGCCCUGGGUGUCCUCAACUCUGCACCUCCAGCAAGAAGCUGUCCAGAACAGAAAGAAAUCCGUGUCUGACAAGGCACCCCAAGUACAUUUGGAAGUACCAGAGCCCAACAGAGAAAAGAUUCAAGUUCAAAGCACAAAUUUUAGUUCCCAGAAUAAUAUUGCUCCUCAAUUCAUACCAGUUUUCAAAAAUCAGUCAUUACAAAUGAACAAAAAUAUCUUAGAACCUGGCAACCUGAAAAGAAAACAGCAUGUUGUUACAGAAUCUAAAUUGUUUUCACUUAAAACUAGCAUGAUGCAAAAUGACAAACUGAAUUUAGAUCCAGCUAUGAGAAAAAGACUUAAUCAUAACAUUCAGAUGAAUGCUAGAAAUUUAAAUCGGAAGACUUCUAGACUACAAGAAAAAAACACUGGGUCCUGUGAAAAUAUGAUAAAAUAUCCCCCUUCUAAUGGAGAAUCAUCAACUGUGAGUUUAAAUGAAAGUAAACACCUGUUUAAUAGUUUAGCAUUUCAGAUGUCAAAUAACAGUUUAGGUGUAACAAACAGUGCUGUUGACUUCCAAGUGAAUGAAAAAGAACAUUUAACAAGCAAAUAUAUAACACAAAUUUUAGGAAAAGGCCACAAGUCACUAAAAAUAAAAAAACAACCGCACAUUUUUGAAUCAGACACAGAAACGGAAGAUCCCCAACUACUACAGCAACAAUCAAUAAAUCAAACUAUGAAAGUUGAUAUAAAUGACCACAAAUUGGUAAGCAAAACAGCCCACAGGUCUAAAAGAAAAUUGUGUCAGGAAUCUUCAAAAACUUCAAAGAGACCUCAUUCCAAUACUAUCCAUUAUGGACAGUCCAGUUUCUCUAGGAACAAGGUACAUGAUGUGGCCAAAUCAAAAGCUCAGAAAUCUCUCAUCCCUAAAGCUUAGAACAUGGAUGUGAAGGAAGGAAAUGUCCACCAGAGAUAACCACUCUGAAUAUGGAUGGACAUUCACACACUCCUAUGAGCAUGGAACCAGGCUCCAUACACUGCUGGGGAACUUCCUUUAUCACUUCACAAUUGUUAUUUUCAUGGGUGCAUAGUAUUUAUUCCAUGGCUUGUGAGUAUAUUAUAUUAACUGUCACUACUGAUUGACACUUAAGUUUUGUUCCCAACUUUUCACUGUGGCAACAAUAUUUUACAAAUGGUUUUGAACAGAUAUUUUUAAAAUAUCCAAGUGUAUAGUAGUUUUGUUAGUUGAAAAUACCUUUAUUUUGCCCUGUUUUUAUGGAGAUUUCUUUGAAUAUAUUAUUUUAAUUAUUGAAUAUUUCAAGCUUUACAACCUAUAGACAAUAGUGUAAAGAUCCUCUAAGUAGCCAUCACCCAGCUUUAACAAUUAAUAUUUUACCACUCUAUUUCACUUAUUUCUCACAGAUCCAUUUUUUUACUACACUAUUUAAGACAAAUUCAGUACAUCAGACAGUUCACCCAUAAACACUUUACUAUAGCUCUCUACCAGACGAGGGAUGGCGUAUUUAAAGAAAAAAAGAAUAUGUGUAUGUAUAUAUUACAUUUUUGGCCUAUCUACAGUAUCUUUACUAACUCACUAAAUUUUACUUUAACAUGUAAACUGACAGAAAGCCCUCAGUAAACAUAAAACCUAUUUUACAGAACAGCUAGAGCCUUCAGUCAUACAACCAAAAUAAUGGCGUGAAGAUUUAUUUAUUCAGCAUACGUAUGUGCUCUGCGCCAGGCAGUGGACCAAGCACUGUGCUAGUGAAAUAACAAAACUGCCAUUGGCUAUGUAGUCUAGCCUCUAGCCAACCCAUUCUGGGUUCCUAGCAAAGAUGGAGAAGUGCAUGUGCAGUGAAGCAAAUGCAACGAUGACGUUUUGGUCUAUAUUACAAAUAAAUUAUUGAGCUUAUAAAAGGGAGAAACAGAAAUAGAGUUUCUCACCUAAUUAGUAUUAUUCUGGCUUUCAAACAUUUUAGAUGUUUAAUUUGCAAAAUGUGAUAUAAUUGUUGUGUAAGAUAUUUAAAAGAAAUACAAAAUCCUCAUUAAUAUUCUACUGAAAUAAUUCUUCAUUAAAUUUUUAAAAACCCAGCAGAGAGCUGAGUGUAAGUUGAACCUUGAUUUUUUUUAAUGUGAUUCACUGUUUUUGCUACUUCACUAAAUCAUUGCAAUUAAAGGCAAAAGUGAAUACAAACUCUGCUUCAAAACUGUAAAUACAAUUCUUGCUCUUGAAGUUGUACCUGGUUGAUUAAUUUACUGUGUUUCCUUUUUCCCAGAGUAUUUCUAUUUUGAAACAUUGUGUCAUUUUCAGAGGGAAACACAGCUGGUUUAAAGCCCAUUUUGAGUGGGUCUUGUGCAUUCUAAAACUGGUAUGAUAGAUAACUAGUAGACUGCGAUAAAAAAAAUGGCAUGUCAUUGUGUUUGUGAGGCUGUGGUGACAAUAUUUGUUAAUGAAAAUACUAUGAAUAUUUUCAUUAACAUAUUCUGUGAAUAUAGGAUAUAUAUUUGGUCACUCAAUCAUUACAACAUGUACUUCCUUGAAACCAGUCUUUCCCUCUGCUCCAUGCAUUCCUAGCUGCCUUCCUGCUACUGUCCUCAUGCUUUAGGUAAUAAAAGACUUACUUUAUUAUAAGACUAUGCAAAAUAAUUAAAAAGAUAAAUCCACUGCUUAGUGUGUAGUAUCUUCCACCUCUUUAUAUAAAUAACCUUGCUAGCUCCUCCUCUACUCCAUUGUGUCUAAAGCUAAUUUAUAGGAUAGUAUUUCAUUUAGAUAAAUGUUAAUCUACAUGGCAAAGCCUGUUUAUGUUAGGAUCAGUCUAUUUUCUGGUGUAAAGUAGGUUUCUUUUUCUACUUACAAUAUUUAUCUUAAUGAAAACUUAACACACAAAAUAUAUGUAACGUGUAUAUUUGAUAUAUAUGUACAUAUACGUAUGUACAUAUUAUAUAUAUGUGUAUAUAUAUGAUUUACUAUAGAGAUACAUGAACAGAUUGAUUAUUUACUAUUUCAUAUUCAGAGAAGAGGUUCCAGGCCAAAUUGCUGUGCUCAGACUCACUGAAAAAAUUAAUGAAAAUUUUGGUUCAUUUUAAAGAUUAUUAAUUUUGAAAGCCAGGAUAAUUCCAAAUCUAAUAGGGAAAACUAAAUUGCACUUCCUUGUUUAAGUUUUUGUUGAUUUAUAUGCAUUGUGGACACCACCCCACCCUGCCCUCAAAUCAUUCUUCAUAUUCCAAUUGUAUGUUAGUUUUAGAACCAUUACAGUUUUAAACCAUAAAUAAUUUUAUGUUUGCCUAUAUGCAGAACCUUAAAAUAUUAGCCAUUUCAUUUAAAAACCUAUGGCAAUAUGCCAGAAUUUAUGUUAAGAAUCAUCUUUAUAGAAAUGUAAACAUGUUUUUCAUGUGCUAUUUGUAUUUUCAAUUUCACAGUAUUUUUUGCUUACUAUAUUUGAAUUUUUCUAUUUAUUUUUUUUAUAUAUUACUAAAAUUAUAUUACACAUUAUAUAUUAUUUUCUUUGUAUUUGUUGCUUACCAUAUCAAAUAGGUAAAAUAUAUGGGUUUGUCAAUGAUUAUUAACCAGUUCACUAGCCAGUUUUUGCUCUCUUUUUCAAAUUGCACAUCCCAUCUGGUGUUAAUGCUGGAAUUGACAAUAUAUUGUAUUUACUGAUACUUAAGAAUGGUCGGUAUUUAUAACUGUUUAAAGAUGUCAUGGUAAUUAUUUAUUGGUGCUUAAAAUGUCCAUGUUGUAUCCUACAUAGUGUCUUAUUUUAAAUAAGAAAAUAAAGGUAUUCAGAUAGGUGUAUUUUCAUGUUUUGGAGAGACUACACAGAGGAAUAGAAAGGCUUGGAUAAAUUCCAAACACUUUUACAUUUAUGGUUCCAUUUCUUCACAUGCAUUUGCUGCUGGAGCCAUGUAAAC